AUGGAAAUUGGGCCGGCCCAAUACCACCACCACCUCCUCCUCCUCCUCCUCCUCCUCCUCAUUGGAUUAUCCCAUCAUUUCAAGGUGUCCCAGGAGGCAAUCUGCACAAUCUGGAAAUUUGUUCAUCCUCUUCUUAUCCUCACAGCCAACCAGAAACAAAAGCCAGAAGUGUCGAAGCUCGCUCUGUCGCUCCUCAUUCCUCCUCCCAAGCCAUGUAGCAUCAUGCAAGACGCACUCCCUCUCCAUUUCAAUCCACCCCAUCACUUCCCUUUCCCUCCCCAUGAUUUCCCCUCGCCGUCUCUCCACCCAUCAACAAUCCUCCGCCUCCCCGCCGCCGUCUCCUCCAAGUCCUCCUCCUCGUCAGCCGCCGCCGCCGCCGCCACCAUCUCCCUCCCUCCCAAACCCCCCAAGACCAACGUAAUCCCGUCCCCUCCUCCUCCUCCUCCUCCUCCUCCCCCACUCCCCUCCCACGCCGAAUUCGAGGAGAAGAUGCUCUUCCUCGACUCCCUCGGCAUCGACUUCUUCUCCCUCAUCGGCCGCCACCCCGCGGUCGCCGCCGCCCCUCUCCCCGACCUCAAGUCCACCGUCCACUUCCUCUCCUCCAUGGGCUUCACCGCCGCCGAGCUCCGCCGCAUCGUGGGCAUGUGCCCCGAGGUCCUCACCUCCCGGGUCUCCGACGUCCUCCCCGUCCUCACCUUCCUCCUCCGCGAGGCGAAAGUGGACUGCUCCGACCUCCGGAGGAUCGUCAACCGGCGGCCGCGGCUGCUUGUCUGCAGCGUCAAGCACCGGCUCCGCCCCACCCUCUAUUUCCUCCAGAGCAUUGGCAUCGCCGAGAAACUGAAUGAAAGUGGCAGAGGCUUUCCUGCGGCCCAACAUGUGAAUGGUAAAUGGUGCUUAGUCACUGAGCUCAGAACAUUUGUAAUUGAACUGAUCGUCAGUCUAUUGGAACUCGUUAUUUAGGAUAAAUCUGAAUUAUUUCAUGCCAAAGUCUCUCUCCCUCUUCCCGUUGAGCCUAUUUGUGGGCUGGAGGAAGUAGUAAGUACAGUACAGACAACUUAGAGUCAAUCUUUCACCGUAGUGCCAUUUGAUUUUGUGCACAUUUAUUAAUUGGCCUUCCAGCAUUACUCGUACAGUAGUUGUUCUUUAAAGGUACAGCUUUGUCAGAUCAUUUCUGUUGAGAAGUAUGUGAUUAUUCCGCAUUGUUCCCAGUCGUUUGUCUUUUUAUUCUUGCUUAUGGUCAUUACAGAAAUUUUUAGUUCAGGUGUCAUUUUUCUGAAAGAACCUGAAAUUGGUUUAGCAAAUAGCUACGGCUUUAAUUCUCCUGGUUUACACAAUAGGAACUUUAUUGCUCUAUAGUAUUUGCUCUUGAAAUUAUUUAUAUGCUGAAGUGCUUAGACUAUCUGAUCUCGUUUUGGAGGAGAAAUGUAUGAUUUCUCUGGUGGAUACGAUUAAAAAGGAUGUGAUGAUGC